AUGAGUGAACACAAAAAAAUUGUUCUAAAAGGAUUAGAGUGUAUGGAAGACUACCACUUUAGAAUAAUUAAGUCCUUACUAAGAAGAGAUCUACACCUGUCUGAAAGGACGCAAAAUGAUUAUGACAGAAUUCAGAUUGCUGACCUGAUGGAGGAUACAUUCCCAAAAGAUGCUGGACUCGGCAUACUGAUAGAAUUUUGUCAAGAAAAUGAAGAUCUUGAAUACCUUGUUGAAGAUCUUAAAGCAGAGAAAGCAAAAGUUGAAGAACAAAAGAAAGGAAAGAACAAAACUGCAGUGGAAGGAAAGCAAGGGGAGCCCAGCAGUGCCCAUGGUCUUUGCUUCAGUAAUGCACCCUCUUCAGAGGAAAAACAAACUGCAGAAACUGAAAAUGGCAAGAAAAGGAAGCUUAACCAAGAGCAGACUCAGCCUCUAGAACCUUCAGGGAGCAACACACAGAAAGAUGAAGGUUGUCUCCAGACUUUUCAGAAGCCUCCAACACCAUCCAGCAAUUCCUCCAACAAGAAACAGAAAACCACAAACACCAAAAAACAGAGUACUCUAAAGACAGAUGAUUGGCAGGAAAAACACCAGCUUCUAGGAUUGUCAGCAACCAGCAACUCCUCAGCUGCAUGGGAAGGCCAGACUCUUCAGGGGCUCGCGGCAACAGCUUCUAGCAGCCUCAACACUCCCCAGAUAUCUCCAGAAACAUGUGACUCUUUAAAAAUGGCUCAAGGCUCUCCAGCACCAUCCUGCCAAAGUUUUCUAAUAUCUCCAGUAUCAAACUCUAGCAUCCAUCUGAACUCUCCCGUGACUCUAAGACGAUCCAAUCCUGUCCAAACUCCAUAUGUACCUUCAUCAACAGCAACCAGUAAUGUCUGGGUCCCUAGUGUGCAUUCAGAAACGGUGUCCAGUUCUCUCAGUGCUCCUCAGAUGUCUCCAGUAUCAGGGUCCAUCAGUGCCCAGAGCCUUCACCUACCUACAGAAGCAGCAUUCAAUAGCAUACAGCCUCUUCACAAUCCUCAAACAGGAUCUGGAAGUGACCAAAGCCCUAGUGCACCUGCAAUAUUGAAAAGCAAAGACCAGGUCAUAGAGACGCCUCCAGCAACAGGAUCCAGCAGUGUUCAGGUGCCCCACACUCUUCCAGGAGCAGUGCCCAGAAAUGUCAGCACCACUCAGGUGCCUCAAAGAACAACAGAUAGUAGAAUUCAGACUCUUAACCCUGCUAGGGUAAAUGUAGCCAGGAAUGCUCAGGUCCCAGGUCCUUUAGCAACAGUACCUGUUUAUUUUCUGACUUCUUUGCCAUCUCCAGCAACAGCAUCUAGUAGUCUCCAGGUACUUCCACUAACAACAUCCAACAGUCUUCCAGAUCCUUGGGUGCCUAGACCAAUAGCGACAAGUAGAGUCCAGACCACUCAAAUGCAUGCAGCAGCAGCAUCCAGCUUCAUCCAGGCUCCUCAUGCUCUUCCACUGACAAUGCCCAGAAGUGUGUGCCCUACUCAAGAACAUCAAGGAGUAGCAUCCAGUACUGGUCAGGCUCUUCCCUGUCCUAAAGUAGAAGCACCUAGGUGUGCCCUGGCUCUCCAGAUGCCUUCAGCAACAACAUCUGAAAGUCUCCUAGCUCCACCAACAACAUCCAAAAGUCUCCUGACUCCAAUGGUGUCUCCAGCAACUACCAGCAGCAGUUCAUGUGAGACACCAAGGAGGGGAAACAUACCAAAGGAGCCUGCUAAGGAAGAAGGUUAUCAUCGAGAACCCAAAGAAGUGAUGGUUUUGAAAGUAACAGAACCAUUUACUUAUGAUUUGAUUGAUGACAAAAGGAUGUUCCAUGCCACAGUGGCGACUGAGAAUGAAUUCUUCAGAGUGAAGAUAUUUGACCCAGUGCUAAGGAAUGAGUUCAUUCCAAAUAAGAUUAUUGCCAUAUCAAAUUAUUUUGGCUUAAAUGGCUUUCUGGAAAUACACGAAACUUCCUGUGUGUCUGAUGUAGACAAUACCAGAACAAUGAAUAUCUCAAAAACACUGAGGCAAAGAGCUAAUGCAACUCCUAAAAUUAGGGAUCUUUUCUCACAGGCACAGGGGACAUAUGUGAAUGGAGAGUUUGUGGUAUAUAAGAAAACUGAGAGGAAUCCCUUCAUUUACUAUGGAAUUGAAGAUGAUACAGGAAAAAUGCAAGUGGUGGUCUAUGGAAGACUGACCAGUAUAAAGUGUGAGCCAGGCCAAAAACUUCGACUCAUCUGUUUUGAAUUGUCCUCAAGCAAAGAUAAAUGGCAGCUGAAGUCUGUAAGACACAGUUACAUGAAGGAAAAACAAACUGCAGAAACUGAAAAUGGCAAGAAAAGGAAGCUUAACCAAGAGCAGACUCAGCCUCUAGAACCUUCAGGGAGCAACACACAGAAAGAUGAAGGUUGUCUCCAGACUUUUCAGAAGCCUCCAACACCAUCCAGCAAUUCCUCCAACAAGAAAACCACAAACAACCAAAAACAGAGUACUCUAAAGACAGACGAUUGGCAGAACAAACACCAGCUUCUAGGAUUGUCAGCAACCAGCAACUCCUCAGCUGCAUGGGAAGGCCAGACUCUUCAGGGGCUCGCGGCAACAGCUUCUAGCAGACUCAACACUCCCCAGACGUCUUCAGGAACAUGUGACUCUUUAAAAACGGCUCAAGGGUCUCCAGCACCACCCUGCCAAAGUUUUCUAGUAUCUCCAGUAUCAAACUCUAGCAUCCAUCUGAACUCUCCCGUGACCCUUACACAAUCCAAUCCUGUCCAAACUCCAUAUGUACCUUCAUCAACAGCAACCAGUAAUGUCUGGGUCCCCAGUGUGUGUUCAGAAAUGGUGUCCAGUUCUCUCAGUGCUCCUCAAAUGUCUCCCGUAUCAGGGUCCAUCAGUGCCCAGAGCCUUCACCUACCUACAGAAGCAGCAUCCAAUAGCAUACAGACUCUUCACAAUCCUCAAACAGGAUCUGGAAGUGCCCAAAGCCCUAGUGCACCUGCCACAUUGAAAAGCAAAGACCAGUUCAUAAAGACGCCUCCAGCAACAGAAUCCAGCAGUGUUCAGGUGCCCCACACUCUUCCAGGAGCAGUGCCCAGAAAUGUCAGCACUACUCUGGUGCCUCAAAGAACAACAGGCAGUAGCAUUCAGACUCUUAACCCUGCUAGAGAAAAUGUAGCCAGGAAUGCUCAGGUCCCAGGUCCUUUAGCAACAGUACCUGUUUAUUUUCUGACUUCUUUGCCAUCUCCAGCAACAGCAUCUAGUAGUCUCCAGGUACUUCCACUAACAACAUCCAACAGUCUUCCAGAUCCUUGGGUGCCUAGACCAAUAGCGACAAGUAGAGUCCAGACCACUCAAAUGCAUGCAGCAGCAGCAUCCAGCUUCAUCCAGGCUCCUCAUGCUCCUCCACUGACAAUGCCCAGAAGUGUGUGCCCCACUCAAGAAAAUCAAGGAGUAGCAUCCAGUACUGGUCAGGCUCUUCCCUGUCCUAAAGUAGAAGUACCUAGGUGUGCCCUGGCUCCCCAGAUUCCUUCAGCAACAACAUCUGAAAGUCUCCUAGCUCCACCAACAACAUCCAAAAGUCUCCUGACUCCAAUGGUGUCUCCAGCAACUACCAGCAGCAGUUCAUGCGAGAAACCAAGGAGGGGAAACAUACCAAACGAACCUGCUAAGGAAGAAGGUUAUCAUCGAGAACCCAAAGAAGUGAUGGUUUUGAAAGUAACAGAACCAUUUACUUAUGAUUUGGUUGAUGACAAAAGGAUGUUCCAUGCCACAGUGGCGACUGAGAAUGAAUUCUACAGAGUGAAGAUUUUUGACCCAGUUCUAAAGAACAAGUUCAUUCCAAAUAAGAUCAUUGCCAUAUCAAAUUAUUUUGGCUUAAAUGGCUUUCUGGAAAUAUACAAAGCUUCUUGUGUGUCUGAUGUAGACAAGAGCAGAUCAAUGGAUAUCUCAAAAACACUGAGGCAAAGAGCUAAUGCAACUCCUAAAAUUAGGGAUCUUUUCUCACAGGCACAGGGGACAUAUGUGAAUGGAGAAUUUGUGGUGUACAAGAAAACUGAGAGGAAUCCCUUCAUUUACUAUGGAAUUAAAGAUGAUACAGGGAAAAUGGAAGUGGUGGUCUAUGGAAGACUGACCGAUAUAAAGUGUGAGCCAGGCCAAAAACUUCGAGUCAUCUGUUUUGAAUUGUCCUCAAGCAAAGAUAAAUGGCAGCUGAAGUCUGUAAGACACAGUAACAUGCAGGUUGUCAAUGUUUGAAAGAAAGUCACUCAAGCCUGAUUCAGAUCAGAAAACCUGGAUGUCAAGAUACUGGUUAUGGAGAUAAGAUCCAAGUCCAGAAAAUACAUGUAUACAUGAACUGUUGUAAUACCAUACCUUUGAAAUCCAGCUCUUUUUGUUUUGAUUUUUCAAGACAGGAUUUCUCUGUUUAGUCAUUGUUCUCCUGGAAAUCACUUUGUAGACCAUUCUGGCCAUGAACUCAGAGAUCUA